UUGCGAUUUGUGAAUUCUCAGAAUCUCCCUCUCGCCCUCCAAUGGCGGAAACAAAUCCCGAUCAAACUGGUGCUCCUCAGGAUGGGGGACUAAAUCCCAUUCAAAAUACCAGUGAACUCUCCAAGAAACGUAAACUUUACUUUUAUGGGCCGUAUUCAGUUGAUAAGGGAUUUGAAAUAUCAUAUAUGCCGUCAAGAGUUACAGGGACGAAAAUUUAUUUAUCUAAUUUGGCCUAUGCCACAUCCGUGCAGGAUAUCAUGGGACUCUUUUCAAAGUUUAAAUCUGUUUUACAAUGCAGUAUUCACUAUGAUCGCAUUGGCAGAUCAUUGGGGUCUGGAGAAGUUGUUUUCCCCAGUCUCUCAGACGCAAAGACAGCUAUGAAGGAAUUGGACAAAUUCAACAUAUACUUGUAUGAGAAAAAAGUGGAGCUGGAGAUCGGGAUGAAGUAUUCAGAUCUCCAAGAGGAGAGAACAGAAAUGCAGGAGGAAGAAAAAUCACCAAGGACACACUAGUGCAAUUUGAAUAGAUCUUUUAGAUAGGUAUUAUUAAGACCUUGUUCAUCCUUGCUAGUUUCUUGACAUAUCUUUAGUUGUAGCACUACUAAACUGCAAAUUUUGGUCUACAUUUCCAAUAUACUUCCACAUGCU